AUGGACGACGGAGCUGGAGUCCUUCCCUUCCCGACGAGGCUUCUUCCUCCCGACCCCUACCCUCUGCCGCUCCCGUCCGCUACCGAAUCUCCCCCACCUCCUGCACACCUCUACUACACAUCCCUUCCCGACGUACGCUCCACUUCCCGACCCCUACCCUCUGCCGCUCCCGUCCGCUACCGAAUCUCCCCCACCUCCUGCACACCUCCUCUACAACACAUCCCUUCCCGACGUACACUCCACUUCCCGACCCCUACCCUCUGGCGCCCCGUGUCGCGCGCGAUGCAGGAUAUUGCUCGCGAGAUAUCAUGGCAGCCUCCCGGUGGUAUGGGUUUUUGGAAGGCUGGGUAG